AGUUAUGUCACUUUGAUUUUGACGUAAACCAACGGUUUGAGUUUGUUCAGUUUGUUUCACACACAGCUGAAAAGUUAAAAAAUUGCUAAAAGUGGAAAUAUUAAAAUUUUUCCGUUCUAGAAGUGAACUAAGCAUUUGGCGGGAAAUUGCCGGUUGUCAAUAGAAAACAAAACUUCUAUAUUAAUCAUAAAUAAUGGACAAAAAGAAACAAUUUAAAGGGCCGCCACCAAAGAGAUUUAAGUCAGGCGAUGACGACGAUGACAAUGAUGUGCCAUGUAGUUUUGAAGAGCAGCUUGCCACUAUGGAUUCCGGUGAGUUUGACUCACAAGAAGUGUUUGGUGAAGGACCUGAGAAUAUUUCUACCAAUAUGAAAUGGUCAAGACCACCGCCACCACCAUUGGAUCCGAAGAAAGAUAAGUUGGUUUUUCAACAGUUAGAUAUAGAUCACUAUAAUGGACAGCCAAUGCAAGGAAUGCCAGGCUCACAGCUCGCGCCAGUCCCUAUCAUGAGAAUGUAUGGUAUCACUCAAGAUGGAAACUCAGUUUGCUGCCAUGUCCAUGGAUUCACACCUUAUUUUUAUGUUACUGUCCCUGUAAGUUUCACUGAAUCAUCUUGUAAUCAACUUAAAUCUAAUUUAAAUACAGCUAUUUUGGAAGAUUUGCGUUCCAACAAAGAUAACAUAAAAGAGACUGCUUUAGAAGUUCGCUUAGUCAAAGCAAAAUCUAUUAUGUAUUAUAAAGGGGAUGAUGACAUAACUUUUGCCAGAGUAUCAGUAGCAUUACCUAAAUUAAUUGCAGCAGCUAAAAGGCUUAUUGAAAGACAGCCUACGUCUUUUGGAUUGAUGGACCCAUACUUUUAUGAAAGCAAUAUAGAUUUCGAUAUCAGGUUCAUGGUAGAUACAUCAGUCGUUGGCUGCAGUUGGAUUGAGCUUCCAGCUGGUAAAUGGUCAAUAAGAUCCAAGGAUACACAAGUAAAACCAGAAUCUAGAUGUCAAAUUGAAGUAGACAUAGCUUGGAAUGCAUUCAUUGCCCAUCAACCUGAAGGAGAAUGGUCUGCAGUAGCUCCUAUAAGAAUAUUGAGUUUUGAUAUUGAAUGUGCUGGACGGAAAGGAGUUUUCCCAGAACCUCAACAUGACCCAGUCAUUCAAAUUGCAUCAAUGGUUAUAAGACAAGGUGAACCCGAGCCAUACAUAAGAAAUGUCUUCACUUUAAAUACUUGUGCACCCAUAGUGGGUUCUCAAGUCCUCAGUUUCCAGUCAGAAUCUGAAAUGCUUGCCAAAUGGUCUGAUUUCUUUCGUGAACUUGACCCUGACAUUAUUACUGGAUAUAAUAUCAAUAACUUUGAUUGGCCAUAUCUAAUAAACAGGGCAAAACAUCUAAAAGUACAGAACUUUGACUUUUUAGGUAGAAUCAGAAAUAUCAGGUCUGUUAUUAAAGAUUCAAUACUGCAGUCUAAGCAAAUGGGUAGGAGAGAAAACAAAAGUAUUAAUUUUGAGGGCAGAGUGCCAUUUGAUCUAUUGCUUGUUUUAGUUAGGGAUUAUAAACUGAGAUCAUACACCCUAAAUGCUGUAAGUUACCACUUCUUACAAGAGCAGAAGGAGGAUGUCCAUCACAGUAUCAUUGGAGACCUUCAAAAUGAAAGUGAACAAACCAGAAGGAGGUUGGCUAUGUAUUGUUUGAAAGAUGCAUAUUUACCUCUGAAACUUCUUAACAAGCUGAUGUGCAUUAUUAAUUACAUGGAAAUGGCAAGGGUAACCGGUGUACCUUUGCUUUGCCUGCUCACAAGGGGGCAACAAAUUAAAGUAGUCAGUCAACUGCUAAGGAAAGCUAAAGAAGCUGGGUACCUAAUGCCUGCUUAUCAUGGCCAGGGCUCUGAUGAACAGUUUGAGGGUGCAACAGUUAUUGAACCGAAAAAAGGAUAUUAUGCUGAUCCUAUUUCCACAUUGGAUUUUGCUUCUCUGUAUCCUAGCAUCAUGAUGGCUCAUAACUUGUGUUAUACAACAUUAAUCCAACCUAAUAAACCAAAUAAAAUUCCCUUGAGCAAUGAUGAUAUAACUACAACACCUACUAAAAACGUGUUCGUGAAGGCGAGUGUUAGGAAGGGACUCUUACCUGAAAUUUUGGAGUCACUGCUUGCUGCAAGAAAAAAGGCAAAGGCAGAUUUGAAAAAUGAGAAAGAUCCCUUCAAAAGGUCUGUUCUUGAUGGCAGACAGCUAGCUUUAAAGAUUAGUGCUAAUUCUGUGUAUGGGUUUACAGGAGCACAAGUUGGUAAGCUGCCUUGUUUAGAAAUCUCAGGUAGUGUUACAGCUUAUGGUCGAACCAUGAUAGAAUUUACAAAAAAUGAAGUAGAAAAGAAAUUUACUAAGGCUAAUGGUUACAAAGAAGAUGCAAUGGUUAUUUAUGGUGACACUGAUUCUGUCAUGGUUAAAUUUGGUGUCAAGACUCUUGAGGAAAGUAUGGAAUUAGGUAGAGAAGCAGCAGACUUUGUGACUGAAAAAUUUGUAAAACCCAUCAAGUUAGAAUUCGAGAAAGUAUACUAUCCAUACUUACUGAUUAAUAAGAAGAGGUAUGCUGGUCUCUAUUUUACCAGACCAGAUAAAUAUGAUAAGAUGGACUGCAAAGGUAUUGAAACAGUCAGGAGAGAUAACUGUCCUCUUGUAUCAAACAUGAUGAGUACUUGUCUACAAAAGUUACUUAUUGAUAGAGAUCCAGAUGGUGCUGUUAAUUAUGCUAAACAAAUUAUAUCAGACUUAUUGUGUAAUAGGAUAGAUAUAUCUCAACUUGUAAUAACAAAAGAACUUACGAAACAUGACUAUGCUGCCAAGCAGGCUCAUGUUGAGUUAGCCAAUAAAAUGAAAAAGCGAGAUGCCGGUACUGCUCCGAAACUUGGUGACAGAGUCCCAUAUGUUAUAUGUUGUGCAACUAAAAACACGCCAGCGUAUAUGAAAGCAGAAGACCCUAUAUAUGUACUGGAAAACAGUGUACCAAUAGAUGCUAAUCAUUACAUGGAAAAUCAGCUAUCAAAGCCUCUGUUACGAAUUUUUGAACCAAUUUUGGGUGAAAAAGCUGAAUCUCUACUUUUAAAGGGAGAACACACAAGAACUAAAGCCAUGGUAACUUCUAAAGUGGGUGCUUUAGCUGCUUUCACGAAGAAAAAGGAGAAAUGUAUUGGUUGCAAAUCUGUUCUGCCUAAUGAUAAUGCGUUGUGUAGUCAUUGUUUACCUAAAGAAAGGCAGAUAUACAUUUCAGAGGUAUCAAAAGUACGGCAGCUUCAGGAAAAGUUUUCUCGCCUUUGGACAGAAUGUCAGCGUUGCCAAGGAAGUCUUCAUGAAGAAGUUCUUUGCACAAACAGAGACUGUACAAUUUUCUACAUGAGAAAAAAAACAGGAAUUGAAUUAGACGCUCAAGAAAAAACUGUUUUGAGAUUUGGAGAACCAAUAUGGUAAUAAUGUUGAAAUUUGGUGAUAAUUAUGUUAUACUAUGUAAUAAAUAAGAUUGUGUUAUCUUUUUUAAUUAAAGACAAGUAUUCUUUUA